AUGGUAUCCCAGUUUCCGAUUUCUGGGUUGCUGAGACAGGAGAAGGGCACAACAAUACCAAAACGUUUUUGGUUCGCUUUCCGGAGUGUCGGAUAUCCCGAGCUCAUGAAGGCACCAAAUGAAGCUUAG